CAAAACCUUCCGCAAUGAACCUCCCAUGCCUGGUCAAUCACAGCCAUGGCAUUCUACUGGCGAUAGUGCAUUAGAUAUUACAAAUAAACAAAUAUUAUACAUUAACUAUGGCAUUUUUUUGUGAUCCGGGCGCCGCUCACUCGCAACGUCUGUACGAUGACAUCACGGGGCAUAGGACUGGUGGCUCUGACUGAUGGGGAAAAGAGCCAGAAGACUCUAAAACUUUACGUCUAACAUCAUUUUGAAUUAUUCAGACUUGAUUGAAAAAUACGGAAUAGAACCGGAAGAACUCAGUUACAUUUACCUUUGAAUACCGACACCCAGUCUCGGAAGUCGACUAUUGCUGACUUGAGGCUGGUUUUCUACCUGGCUAGCCAGCUACGUUAGCUAGCUGCUAACAUCUUGUAACGUUAGUAGCGAGGCCAGAUAGUCUAACUUUAUCCACUGAUAAAUAGCAAAGUAAUUAUCCGAAAUAGUCAAUUGUUCUAACCAGUCGGCACGUAAUAUUGCGACUGGGCUAGUUUCUGGGGACAUCCAAGACCCCUUCUUGCCAUAACCAGCAUUUAGCUAAGCUAUUUAGCAAAGCUAACCAGCAACUUCGCACUUUUUGGGUCCAGUUCAGGCAAGUAAGGAUAACGAAACAGCUAGUUCGCUAAACGGGUACUUUUUAUGCCAUAAUGGAAAGUUUAACAUUAACUGAUGGAGAGCAGAAGUAUUACUCUGAUUUGUUCGUUUAUUGCGAUACGGACAACACAAAGAAAGUGGCUUCCAAUGGCAGAGUUCUUGACCUUUUCCGGGCGGCCCAGCUACCCAGCGAGGUUGUCCUGCAGAUCACAGAGCUCUGUGGAGCCACUCGCCUGGGCCAUUUUGGAAGGAGCCAGUUUUACAUUGCACUGAAACUCAUCGCUGUAGCCCAGUCUGGACUGCCUCUCCGAGUAGAGAGCCUCAAUUCUGUCAAGGACUUGCCUUUGCCUCGCUUUGUUGUGGCCAAGAAUGAACAGGAGGCCAGACACACAGCCAUGUACCCAGACUCUGAGAACCAGGGGUCUUACCAGGGUGUAAUCCCACGACCCCCAGGCCGAGGGCAGGUCAAGAAGUUGUCUGCCCAUGAGGUCAUCCAGCCCUGCGUGCCCACAGUAGAACCACAGCUGCAGCCUGACACCACGUCCCCUGUGGUGUCUCCUCACCAGUCCCCUCCCACCUCGCCCCACUGGAGAAAGCACAAACGGCAGGCCAGCGGGGGGAACGUAGAGAGACAACCUGUGGUUGUGGCAGGUGCUGUCUGGACACCUUUCAGAGAAGCACAAGCAGGACCUGUGGUGUCAGGUGAUGGGAUGUGGUCUGCCAACUCUCCUCCCCCUGUUCAGGAAAGCUGGGUCAGUUUGAAAGAUGCUCAUCCCCCUUCCUCCAGCACACUCCCAGCAAUACAUUGCUCACCGGUCCAGGAAAACUCUUCUAUACGAACGGUUGCAUCUGCGACAACAACCAAUGAAACCCAAAGACAGUCCAGUGGUGGUUAUGACGACCCCUGGAAAAUCACAGACGAGCAGAGACAGUAUUACAUAAAUCAGUUCAAGACCAUCCAACCAGACCUCAACGGUUUCAUUCCUGGUUCUGCCGCAAAAGAAUUUUUCACAAAAUCAAAGCUACCUAUUCUUGAACUGUCCCACAUUUGGGAGCUGUCAGAUUUCGAUAAAGACGGGGCGUUGACACUGGAUGAGUUCUGUGCUGCAUUUCAUCUGGUUGUUGCUAGGAAAAACAGCUAUGAUCUUCCCGAAAAGCUGCCAGAGAGUCUUAUGCCAAAGCUUAUUGACUUGGAUGACUCAGCAGAGGUUCCAGACCAGGCCCCUGACGUGGGCUACUCGGGAUCCCCCGUGGAGGUGACACCCAACAAGUCCCCCUCCAUGCCCUCACUCAACCAGACCUGGCCUGAUCUCAACCAGGGCAAUGAGCAGUGGGAGACUUUUAGUGAACGCUCCUCCAGCUCACAAACUCUGACCCAAUUUGAUUCUAACAUUGCACCAGCUGAUCCUGAUACAGCCAUUGUCCACCCUGUCCCCAUCCGCAUGACCCCAAGCAAGAUCCAUAUGCAAGAGAUGGAGCUGAAGAGAACCGGAAGUGACCACACACACCCUACGAGUCCCCUGAUGGCUAACCCACCUGACCUCUCUGAAGAAACCAAGCUUGCCACCUCUAUGAAGUUUGUAACUGUUAACUCUGGGGAUGGUUAUAGCAGUUCAGAUUCCUAUACUUCAGAUCAAGACCCAAUUACAAGUGUUGUAACAAGACAAAGGUCUCAUUCUGGGACGUCUCCUGAAGGACUGAAGGUGGUGGCUGCCCCCCCACCGCCACCCCCCAGACCACACGCCUCCCACUCCCGCUCCUCCUCUCUAGACAUGAACAGAAGCUUUGCGGCUGUCCCCACCGGGCCACAGUUGGCUGGAGUUGUGGCCUACCCUCCAGCCGUGCCUCCUAGACCACUACCCACACAGACCUCGGGUCCCCAUAGUGGGCAUCGCUCAGAUGAGGGCCUGGCAGCUCAUUCCAGUACCUCGCCCCAGCAGAUCCCGGAGCAGCCCAACUUUGCUGACUUCAGUCAGUUCCAGGCAUUUGCUGCCUCAGAUCAGCCCAGCGAUGACGGGGAGAAGCACCCAGAGAGUCUGCCGGUAGAGAAGUCUUCAGAAGGUGCUGGGCCUUUGAGAACUGUGAAGAGUGACAACCAGGAAGAGCGAGCUGCAGCUACUGUGAACUCUGCCAAAGGGUCCAUCAUGGCCCCCCCACCUAAGCCUGUCCGCCGGAGACUGAAGUCUGAGGAUGAACUCCAGGAAGAGGCCCUCCCCCUGAAGUCUAACGUCAUAGCCACUGUUCUAGCUGCACAGCCAUCCAUUCCCAGGUCAGUUGGGAAGGAUAAAAAAGCAAUUCAAGCCUCUAUCAGAAGAAACAAGGAGACCAACACAGUCUUGGCCAGGCUCAACAGUGAAUUACAGCAACAGCUAAAGGACUUGCUAGAAGAGAGGAUAUCUUUGGAGGUUCAACUGGAACAGCUUAGACCAUUUUCCCAUUUGUAACCUGUUUGUGUGAGGAGGACAAGUCCAUGAGAGCAGAUAGGAGAGAUGCACAUGUUGUUCUCCCGAUGUCCACUCCCUCUGUGUUCUGCUGUCUCUACUMUGGGAAACGGACUCUGUCACCGACUGACUGACUGCAACAACACACCCUGAGUCGCCCUCAUCAGACAGAGUACAGUCUUACCAGAGCUGCUGGGAUGGGAAUGUUACAAAUAUUGGCACUUUUAUUUAUCAAAGAAAUAAAGAUUAUUGUAGACAUCAAUCCCUUAUAACAGGACAGGCCCUCGAGGCCAGCCAGGCAGGCAUAGAACUGGAACUUGAGUCAUGGGGUACUGAAGGCCAAGUUCCCUCCCCAUUCUUCCCCAUGAUGACAAGUGCCCAGUUCACUGAAUGAGAGGAGCACACUGUGGUCUGUCUGUACUGUGUGUGGGCCUGGCCGCCUGGGCCCUGUCAAGGACAGAUAAUCAUACCAGCGAGGGCAUUGGGUGAGGAGAGGGGAGGAGUCUGGGAGAUGAUGCUCUAUCCUGGAGCACCUUGGACUGAUCAUGUGACAGGAAUUUAUUAAUGUUCCAGUUUAUUACUGUGGAUGUAUGUGGGCAGGCAACGGUUACAAACUGCACAAUGCAACAAGUGUUUGUGUUCUUUUAGUUUUUUUCACUAGUCUUCUGCGAUUUGAUCCUUAACACAGUGAGCAUUACCUUGUGAAGUGAUUGACCUCCAGAUGACGGAACACCUUUAAGUUUUCGCUCCUGGCUCUGUAGUUGCUCAUGCUGACGCUGCCUGUGAGAGAGGUCCUUGUGUGAUAUGAUAACCAACUAUGGAAGUGAGACCUGACUGAAAAGACUGCACCCCCGUUUUUCUUUUUGUUUGACACCAUUUUUAUUUUUACCUGCAUGUUGUUCAUGUUCUUAUCUAGUAUGAAGACUGCGCUUAAAAAUAAACCACUUGAUUUCUACCUGUAUAUCUUACCUAGUAUGACAUUGUGGUGGUACCUAAACAUUGUAUAACUGUCUUUGUUUUUUUUCUUAACCUGUCCUCAAAUGCCUUACUCCUGGCYUUCAGGUUUCCACUUUAAUCUAUUCUCCAUGUAUUGAACCUAGGUGAGCCUUCUUUUCCCUGCUGUUCAGGUUGAUGUACUGUAAAAGGGUUAUGUUGUAUAUUGUAUAUGAUACACACCUUUUGAUCUCAUAUGUACAUUUGCAUUAAUUGCUGACUAACAGCAAAUAUUCUAUUUAAUUGCUUAUUAUGGCUGUGGGAUGAUGUUUAACUGCAUGGAUGUAUCUCUGCAGAAUGAACUAGCAGCUGUGUGAUUUUUACACAAAAUAAAAUAACAAUAUUUUAAC